CGCUCCCGCCUUCGUGCCGUGCCGCUUUGCAUGCUGGGCGAUUCGGUCUCCGCGCACAUCCCACCCCAGUGCUCUCUCGUUGCGCAGGCGCAGUGUCUCAUCCCUUGGCCCGUGUCCGGUCGCAGCGGGAGGCCCGGGAGUGAGCCGCGGAGGCCGCCAUGGCGCUGAACAGGAACCACUCGGAGGGCGGCGGCGUGAUUGUCAAUAACAGCGAGAGCAUUUUGAUGACCUAUGACCACGUAGAAAUUGCAUUCAGUGAUAUGGAAAACAUGCCAGAUGCCUUUAAAGGGACCAAGAAAGGAAGUGUCUUCUUGACUCCAUUUAGAGUUAUUUUUGUGUCCAAGGGAAAGGAUCCUAUGCAGUCUUUCAUGAUGCCCUUUUAUUUAAUAAAAGAUUGUGAGAUUAAACAGCCUGUAUUUGGAGCAAAUUAUAUCAAGGGGACAGUGAAAGCAGAGACAGGAGGUGGCUGGGAAGGAUCUGUAACAUUCAAAAUAACUUUUUCAGCUGGGGGCGCGAUUGAGUUUGGACAGCGUAUGCUGCAAGUGGCAUCUCAAGCCUCUAGAGGGGAAGCUCCCAAUGGAGCAUACGGUUAUUCCUACAUGCCGAAUGGAGCUUACGCCUUUGCGCCACCUGCAGCCAAUGGGGUGUAUGGUCCCCCUCCGCCAGGAUACCCCUACCCACCACCACCUCCUGAGUUUUAUCCUGGUCCCCCCAUGAUGGAUGGAGCCAUGGGUUACAUGCAGCCUCCACCACCUCCUUACCCUGGGCCCAUGGAGCCUCCAGUCAGUGGCCCAGACCUUCCUUCCACUCCUGCAGCUGAAGCGAAGGCUGCAGAAGCUGCUGCCAGUGCUUAUUACAGUCCAGUCAACCCUCAUAAUGUCUACAUGCCCACAGACCAGCCUCCCCCUCCUCCUUACUUCCCACCAGAGGACAAGAAGACCCAAUAAGCUGAAAAGGAACCUCUCCAUGAUGCAUUGCUUCCUUAUUUUCCAUCUAGCUGAAUCUUGGGGUGGGGUGUACAGCUUUAAGGAGUCAUAGUCUUCCCUCGAGGCAGGUAGACACACAUACAGUGAAGGAAGAGAUUUAAAAUGUUUUGCACUAUCACUUGCAACCCUGAGGGUUUGUUACUCCCUGCUGUCAAAUUCCUGCUUUCCCUGUGCCCAGUGAUAGCUAGAAUAUCCAUGACAGUUUCUCUUGCAUCCCUUCUCCACCAGUACACUUAAUAUAGUCCUCCUUUGAAUGAGGCGACUGUUCCAAUUUUAAAGCUAACAGAUCCCUAACACUGAAACAAGACUUGUCUUAACUCUAGAGAAUUCCCUUCAGCCUGGCGCAUCUCAUCUAGCUUUCAUCUGCUCCAUAAUUGCAUGCGGGAGGCUGCGGAGGGAGCUCUGGGCUUCAGAAGGAAACUGAUACCUGUUGCACUUCUGUCCAGUGCUUAGGAAACUUCCCUCAGCAGGGACACCUGAAAUAUUGCUGUACCCCCACAAAGUGCACUGUUGCGUCCUAUCUUGGUGCAGUCAAGUUUGAUCUUUUGAGGAAAUGUUUGACUCUCAUUACAAGGCUGUGUUGUGGCACCUACCUAUACCUUGGGUCUAUUGGGGCAUUAGAAUGUCCUGCUGUCUCUUUCCCAGUAAGAUGUGGGUCUUAGAUCAGUAAUCCUGACCAUUCCUUUUCUAGUCAUUGAUGCACCUUGGGUUUUGUUUUUUUUUUUCCUUUCCAAUAAUGCAAGCUGCAUUUUCUGGCCAGUGACGCAUCUUGCUGCUGUGAUGAGACUGUUCAGUUGAGGUGGGUGUGGAGAUAGUUGUGUAAACUCCACACUAGAAGGAUUUGGGAAUUGUGUGUGUCGUUCUGACUUGGAUGGGAGAGCAUUUUCCCCCUGACCAAGUGGAGCUGAAACAUCAUCAUACUCUGCUUUCCUGAUGCUUCCACCCACCCCUGCAAAAUGGUUCCCAGAUGCAUCCUCUUCUGCUAGUAUAACCGGGAGCAUGUGGGAAAGAGUCGCAGACGGAUGACUCUGUUCUAUGGCUCAUUCCCUUUGUGAGACUGAAGACAGUCUUGUUGCACCGUGGAAAGACUGAAGGCCUGAUUCUUCUCUCAUGUUGGUUUUAACUUCAUUGUAAUGUCAUCAAAUUGGUUACUGCUCAUUUUUCCAGAAGGGCGAUCAGAAUCUGACCCCAAGAGGGCUGCGUUUCCUAGAUUUCCUUCAACAGAAGGAAACACAAGUGCUGAGAUUCCUGGUCUCUGGAGUGCCGAGUUACCAAGCCAGCGUCUCUGUAGUCACUGACAGGAGGCCCCCCUCCAACACUUCAAAACCGAUUUGAUUCCUGAACGUCCUGGCUUGUUGGGCAUACUCCAGCUGACUUGAGCUCCGUGAUGAAAGUUCACGUGCCAGUCCUGUCUUUCCGAGUUAGCAGCAGUUGUAAAUCACCUCCCAUCACUAUAGCAAUGGCACUCCAAGCAGAA